AUGACUGAUCCAUUAUCAUAUGAUAGUUUAUAUGAUCCACAUUUACAAACAUAUUUUCAAAAUAAAAAUAUUCGAAAACAUCUUCGAAAAGUUGGAUUAAUAAAUCGAUAUAAUGAAAUAAUACCUGAUAAACAAUAUAAAGCAUUGAUUAGUGAACGUUCUAGACAAGAACAUAUUCGAGCUUUAUUAUCACAUGGAGUUGUUCAACGUGUUAUGGAAAUCGAAAAAUUUCGACAAGCAAAUAUUCGUAAUCAAUUUGAAACAACUGCAAAACGAAUGAUUGUCGAAAAUAUUAAAGAAUCAAGACAACAAUAUAAACAAUUAUCAUCAAACGAACCUUUUUUAUUUAAUCGACCUAAAACAAGUCAUUCAAAUGUUAAUUAUCAACAACAACAAAUAAAAAUAAUUGAUGAUAAUAAAGAAUGUCGAUCACGUGUAUCAUCUAUUCAUCCAUCACGUUCAUCAACAAAAACAAUUCUUUCAACAAGAAAUAAAAGUUCAAAAUCAAUUAAAUCAAAUAUAAAUGUAAAAGAUGAUUGUAAAAUAACAAUGAUUUAUAUUGGACCACAAACAAAUAUUGAUUAUGAUCAAACAUUAUUUCAACCAAAUGGUUAUGAAAUUAUUGUUAUGCAACAACAUUGUGGUGGACAAAAUGUUAUUCUAUUUAAAAAUUAUCUUCAACCCAACGAAAUGUUUACAUUUCGAUCUCGACGUCAUCCCGAAUAUCCAUUUGCAUUAAGUUUAUAUGUAAAUGGUCUUAUUGAUUGUCGAAUAUCAGUUUGUUGUGAAUAUAAACAUAAAAUAGGUGUACCAUUAACUGGAAAACGAGCUUCUUUUGCUAUUUAUCAAGUUCAAGGUGGACAACCUUGUCAAACAUGUCGAUUUAAUGAAUAUAUAAAUAAUUCUCCAUUAUCAAAUCGAAAAACAUUUGAUAAAAGUUCGAUUUCUACUGAUAAAUCACAAAAACAAAUAUCUAAUGAUUUCAAUCCACAUCAUUUAUUAUGUACACCAACUCUAUCUAAUGAACAUGAAAAUGAAACAAUUAUUUCCAAUGAUAAUGAUGAAUAUCGUCAAGCUGAAGAAAUGUAUAAAAAUUUAAUUAAAAAAGUUGAUAAAAAUUUAAAUUGGGAAGAAUAUAGUCGUUUACAAUGGCAAUUAGCUAAUAUAUGUAAAGAAGGACUUGGAGAUUAUGAAAAAAGUCUUGAUCAUUAUAUAAAAUGUUUGAAAGUCUUAUCUGAACAUUUAUUACCAUUAGAUAUAAAACUUCGAAAUAUAUAUUUAAGUAUUGGACAUGUUAUUCUUUUACAAGAUAAUAAUAUAAAUAAUUCAGCAAUUGAAUAUUUUCAACAUGUACUUGAUAUUGAUUGUUCAAUAAAUAAUAUAUCAGAAUAUAAUCUUAUUAAUGAUCAUUAUUAUCUUGGAUUAUUAUAUCAAAAUAAUGAUAAUUAUACAGAAGCAUUAUUUCAUUUUAAACAAUCUCUUAAAUUUUUUUUAUUAAAUAAAUCAAAAAAAUUUAAUUAUUCAAAUAUAAAUGAUAACUAUUAUUUAAUUAAUCAAACAAUUUAUGAUAAAAAAGCUCUUUAUUCAUUAUCAAUAAAUAAUUUACCAAAUUUAUCAGAUAUACAUUUUAAUUUAGCAACAACAUAUCAAAAUCUUCAACAAAAAACUUAUGCAUUAAAACAUGCACAAAAAGCUCUUCAAUUAUCAAAACAUGAUCAAAAUAAAUUUAAAAAUUAUCAAUUUUAUUUUAAAAAACUUCAACAAAUUUAA